AUUCUAUAGUAUUCUCUUUUCCCUCUCUAGGCUUUUGUGUAUGACUGUGCAUCUGACAUGGGUCUGUUAUAAGAGGUUCUACAGUAGACAUGUGAAUCCUACCCAGUCUUUCUGUGCGUCAAUGUAAGGGUUUUUUGCAAUUGAAGAGAGGGAAGGAUUAAAAAAGUAGAGUUUUUCAAGGUUUGAUUAGAUGAUCUUGGUUUGAGUUUCAAUCCUCCAUACAAAAGUCUUCUGCAAAAGAACAGAUGAGAAUUGGGUACCAAAGAUGGUCUGAAGAGGAUUUGAAGGGGAUUCAGUUGAGAAAGAGUAGAGAAAUGUUAGUGAGCAAUGCCUGUUUUCCCAUCUGCAUCAAAGCUUUGAUUGAUUAGGAUCCUAAUCAUGGCAAAGUGCCAUGUGGAGAGCUCAGAUGUAAGCACAUGGCUUCUCAAAUAUCCAGGCUCUGAGACUGUAAAUCAAAGUGGAAAAACCUGAGGUUUUGGUUUUUUCAAGAGAAUCAGUUGCAGAGGAACACCAUCUGAUUGGUGCUAGAUAAGAAAUAUACCCUUAUUUUUAGGAGCAAGAGGAGGCAUGCACUUGGAAACCGUGAUUCUUUUCUUUGAUGUGAAAAAGAGAAACUACCUGGUAAUUCAUUUUAGGGCGCAAUCAGUCCACUAGUACAAGAAGCCAAAAUAGUUUUAUCUUCUUUGUGAACCAGCUAGUUAAAGGUAUUAUCUGCUUCUGAAAUCUACAAGCACAUAACAUCAUCAACAACUUCACUAUCGUUAUCCAUUCUUCUUGUUUGUUCUUUCUUUAGUAGUCAUUCCUAUUUAUGUAACUCUCUCUCUCUGUACCCCAUAUGCAAAACCUUCCAUUUUUUGCCGUCUGUAUAAAUUUGAUGUCUGAACAAGAACAAACAUCAGGAUUUCGGGAUAAUCGUGCUCUUGUAGAUUUUGCAUAUAUUCUUCAAUCUCUAUUUCAGUAACACCUUUGCUCUUUCUUCCUUCCUUUAUUUUCCCCUCUUUUCUGUUUAUCAUAUUGGAGCAAGAAUAGAUAAGAAGCUCACUUUCAAUCUUUUCUUCCUUCAUUUUUUCAUAAACCAAUGUUCUUAAUAUUAUUCUCAUUUGCAGAUCUUACAUUUCACUAAAAUAUAAAAUCACCUUCUUUGUUCUUACAUUUUAUCCUGGUUUUUUCUUGCAAAUAAAAUAGACUCGAGGAACAAAUGUCUUCUGUUUCUUGUUUUUUGAAAAACCCUUUUUCAUGGAUGUCCAGUUUUCUUGGCUAUGGAUCCUCAUCCAUCCUUUUCACAUCAGUACUAUUAGCUUUAGCAACUCUUUUUUUCAAGUUCUCAAAGAAAAAACCAAGAGGUCAGGUUGAAAAACUACUUGAAGAUGAUUUUAUUCUCACACCUGAUCAAGAAAUUUCACCUCAGCCUAAAGAUAAUAUUAUAUCUAAACCCCCAGUACAAGUUCUUGAAGAUGAAUACAUCACAGACGAGAAAGAAGCUCGAGAAAAUGAUGAAGAAGAAGAAGACAGGAGCCAGAUUGGUGAGUACUUAAUUAGAUCUUCACCAAUAAUGUUAUCAGAAAGUGAGUGUCUGGGUCGAUCAUCAACAACAAGUGAGGAUUCUGAAGUGAAUUACUGGCAGUUUCAGGACCACAUGUUACAGAGCCCGGAUUUCUCGGAUGGAUCUAUUUCUGACGAAGAUAGUCUCAUCGAAAUUGCACUUCCAAGUGGACAUUAUAUUGGUCAUAAAGAAACAGAAGAAGAUCAAGAUCUCAAGUCUAGUUCACAAAAGAAAUUGCAAGAUUUUGUUCCCGGGUCAUUUUUUAAGCAACAUGGUCUAAUGGAGCUUUUAGCAGAACUAAAUGACAUGAAUAUUGAAGAGGAAAACUUGAUUGAAAUCGACAUAUCAAUGGGCUCCAUCAAGUGUCCAAGGUUUGAGAUUGAAGCUUAAUUAUAAUUAAGUAACUAAUUAGUCCCUUUUAGUAGUUACAUUAAUUAUAUACUGAUUAACUAAUUAAGUUUUUUAUCCUUCUGGAUUUGGAAUGCAGUUAGGGGUUACAUUAAGAGUUUUAAUUAUCAUUUUGAUACUUUUUGUUGUUUUCUUUCUCUUGCUAAAUGUUGUUGUAAAAUGUGAAGCUUCUGAUGUGCAAUUUUGCAAAACUUUGGAUACCCAUUAAAGCACUUGUACUACUACAGUUUGGCCUGUUUUUCUCUUAAUUAAUGCUCAAUAAAGUAUUAAAGGUUGAGGUUGGGAGGCCAUGGCCAA